AUGCUUGAAAAAAUCACGCGCGUCUACGCGAACCAUGGCAUGCCCAUCGAGUGCGACAUUUACACGGUCGCUGAACCGGUGCCGGACGCGCCCGUGGCUCUCUUCUUCCACGCCGGCGCGCUGACGGGAUGGGGCCGGGACUGCGUUCCGCCCUGGCUGGUGCAGGCGUGCUACAAGCAGAGGUGGCCGCUCAUCAGCGCCAGCUACCGCCUCAUGCCGCAGACGGGCACCGACGGCCUGGCGGAAGAUGUCUCGGCUGCGUACGAGUUUGCGAGGACGUGGGAUUGCGGCGGCGGUGGCGAAGAGAAGCGACGCGUCAUUGUCAUUGGUGCCAGUGCAGGCUUCUUCCUCGCCUCGUUUCUCGGGCGCACGGCCAACCCGCCGCCACUGGCGCUCUUUUCCAUUGCGGGCAUCAACUCGUAUACGCACCCGUUCUACCGGUCGUCGACGCUGGUGACGCCAGAGCGGACACCCGCGGCGGCCGUGGCGGCGGCGCUCCAGCCCGGGCCGCCCAUCGUGGGGCGGUCGAUCCCCAACGGCGGCCACGAGGGCGCGGCGGCGUUUUGCGUCGCGGCGCUGCGGGAGGACGGCAGCCGCGACCCGGACUUCUUCCCCCCGACGCCCGGCGCGGACGGGCGCUCGGCGGAGGAGAGGCGGAUGUGGGACGCGCGCGCGCUGCUGUACCGGUACCUGAUCUACGAGAACCGCUGGCCGGCCAUGGUGGCGGCGCUGGACGGCGGGCGCGAGUGGGAGGGCUGGACGGCGGCGCGGCGGGCGCGGUGGCCGCCGACGGUCAUCUUCCACGGCGGCGGGGACACGGCGGUGCCGCUGGCGGUCAGCGAAAGGCUGCGCGAGGUCAUGGGACGGGACCGCGUGGCGCUGUUUGUGGCUGAGGGACAGGAUCACUUGUUUGAGCGGGCCAUGUUCCUCGAGGAGGAGAGGCCGGGCAUGGACACGCCUACCGCUACGUUGGCCAAGCUCUCUGCCGCCAAGCAGCAGCUUCUAACGGGGAUUUCCCUCGCAACUCGGAAAACGAAUACGGCCAUUCACACAGCGCCCGCUGCCAUGACGGCCAACGCGUCCGCGGUGCCCCGCACCAUACAAAAGGCCUUUUUGGCCGUUGAGCAGGCCGAGGGCCAGGGCGCCCGGGUCCGCCGCUCCAUCGGCACGCCGGCCCUCCGCCACUUGACGCCGUUUUUGAUGCUUGAUCACUUUUCCAUCAAGCCCGGCGCUGGAUUUCCUGACCACCCCCAUCGCGGGCAGGAGACCAUCACGUAUCUCCUCGAAGGCGCCGUCGACCAUGAAGACUUUACCGGGGCCAGCGGCACCAUCAACGCCGGGGACCUGCAGUUCAUGACGGCGGGCAAGGGCGUGCAGCACGCCGAGAUGCCGCACCUGAACGAGGACGGCAGCGCCAACGUCGGGCUCCAGCUGUGGGUGGACCUGCCGACGGAGCUCAAGUACUGCGAGCCGCGCUACCGGGACCUGCGCGCGGCCGAGAUCCCGCAGGUCGAGGUGGACGGCGGCGCCGCGACCAUCAAGGUCAUCUCGGGCCAGAGCCACGGCGUCGACUCGGUCAAGGACCUGGCGUACACGCCCGUCUGGAUCCUCGACGUGACGCUGCGUCCCGGCGCGCGCGUCGUCCAGCCGCUGCCGCCCGGGUGGAACGCCUUUGCGUACGUGCUCGAGGGCGACGUCGUCUUUGGCCGGCCGGGCGACGACGCCGACCGCCGGCCGGUCGCGCAGUUCCACAACGCCGUCUUUAGCCAGGAGGGCGACGCCGUCUACGUCGAAAACGACCCCGACGCCAUCAAGGACGCGCGCCUCGUCAUCGUCGCCGGCUUGCCGCUGGAUCAGAAAAUCGUCCAGUACGGCCCCUUUGUCGUCAACUCCAAGGAAGAGGUCGUCCAGGCCAUGACUGACUUCCAGACGCACACAAACGGCUUUGAGCGCUCCAAGGGCUGGCAGUCGGAGAUUGGAAAGCGGAUGAGGCACUGA